UGCGUUCGCAAGUUGCGAGCAAAGUUUGGUGGAGGAGACGCCGAGCCUGAGUCCUUUCUUCCCCUCGCUCCGCAAACCCGAGGGCAGCCGGCGGGCGUCAUGCCCGCGCUCCUCCUCAGCCUGGGGCGCGCCUGAAGCCUCGGAGCCUUGGCGCAGGCAGGACCCGAGGACCACUCUGUUUUGGAGUUUCCCCGAGUUCGUCGCUUGCUCCAUCCCGACUCACGCCGGGCGCGGGGACAGACCGGCGGCCGAGGAGCGUUGCCAUUCAAGGGGCUGCAGCGGCUUCGGCGGCACCUUGGCUCCGGAACGCGCCGCAGGCUGGAGGCAUUGCUGGCAGUCCAUGCUCGAAGACGAGGUGUGCAGAUGGGAGUGACGUCCACAUGGAGAUAUGGAAGAGGACGGGGGACUGGCACGGCCACAGCCGUGCUCAGCUGGGCCCGCUGGGGCUGCCUGGUCGCGGUCACCAUGGCAACCUUGUCCCUGGCCCGGCCCUCCUUCAAUUUAGUGGAGGAUACCACAUUAGAGCCGGAAGAGCCACCAACCAAAUACCAAAUCUCCCAACCUGAAGUUUACGUGGCCGCGCCCGGGGAGUCGCUAGAGUUGCGCUGUCCGUUGAGAGAUGCCGCCACGAUCAUUUGGACUAAGGAUGGGGUACACUUGGGGCCCAACAAUAGGACAGUGCUUAUUGGGGAAUACUUGCAGAUAAAAGGUGCCACACCUAGAGACUCCGGCCUCUAUGCUUGCACGGCGGCUAGGCCGGUAGACAGCGAGGCUGUCUACUUCAUGGUGAAUGUCACAGAUGCCAUCUCAUCCGGAGAUGACGAGGACGACACGGAUGGUUCCGAGGAUUUUGUCAGUGAGAACAGUAACAACAAGAGAGCCCCGUACUGGACCAACACAGAAAAGAUGGAAAAGCGACUUCAUGCCGUCCCUGCAGCCAAUACUGUCAAGUUUCGCUGUCCGGCUGGGGGAAAUCCAGCACCAACUAUGCGGUGGCUGAAGAAUGGAAAGGACUUUAAGCAGGAACAUCGCAUUGGAGGCUAUAAGGUGCGAAACCAACAUUGGAGCCUUAUUAUGGAGAGCGUGGUCCCGUCCGACAAAGGAAAUUACACCUGUGUGGUAGAGAACGAGUAUGGUUCCAUCAAUCACACGUACCACCUCGAUGUUGUUGAGCGAUCGCCACACCGGCCCAUCCUCCAAGCUGGACUGCCAGCGAACGCCUCCACUGUGGUCGGAGGCGACGUGGAGUUUGUCUGCAAAGUUUACAGCGACGCCCAGCCCCACAUUCAGUGGAUCAAACAUGUAGAAAAGAAUGGCAGCAAAUACGGGCCCGACGGGCUGCCUUACCUCAAGGUGCUGAAGCACUCGGGGAUAAAUAGUUCCAAUGCAGAAGUGCUGGCUCUGUUCAAUGUGACUGAGGCGGAUGCUGGGGAGUAUAUAUGUAAGGUCUCCAAUUAUAUAGGGCAGGCCAACCAGUCUGCCUGGCUCACUGUCCUGCCAAAACAGCAAGCUCCUGUAAGAGAAAAGGAGAUUACGGCUUCCCCAGACUACCUGGAGAUAGCCAUUUACUGCAUAGGGGUCUUCCUCAUUGCCUGUAUGGUGGUGACGGUCAUCCUGUGCCGAAUGAAGACCACGACCAAGAAGCCAGACUUCAGCAGCCAGCCAGCUGUGCACAAGCUGACCAAGCGCAUCCCCUUGCGGAGACAGGUUUCCGCUGAAUCCAGUUCUUCCAUGAACUCCAACACCCCGCUGGUAAGGAUAACCACGCGCCUCUCCUCGACGGCAGACACCCCCAUGUUGGCAGGGGUCUCCGAGUAUGAAUUGCCAGAAGAUCCAAAGUGGGAGUUCCCGAGAGAUAAGCUGACGCUGGGCAAACCUCUGGGGGAAGGUUGCUUUGGGCAAGUGGUCAUGGCUGAGGCGGUGGGAAUUGACAAAGAGAAGCCCAAGGAAGCAGUCACUGUGGCCGUGAAGAUGUUGAAAGAUGAUGCCACAGAGAAGGAUCUUUCUGAUUUAGUGUCAGAGAUGGAGAUGAUGAAGAUGAUCGGAAAACACAAAAAUAUCAUAAAUCUCCUUGGAGCCUGUACUCAGGACGGGCCUCUCUACGUCAUCGUCGAGUAUGCCUCGAAAGGCAACCUCCGCGAGUACCUCCGAGCCCGGAGGCCGCCCGGGAUGGAGUACUCCUAUGACAUUAACCGAGUUCCCGAGGAGCAGAUGACCUUCAAGGACUUGGUGUCCUGCACCUACCAACUGGCAAGAGGCAUGGAGUACUUGGCUUCCCAGAAAUGUAUUCAUCGGGAUUUAGCUGCCAGAAAUGUUUUGGUAACAGAAAACAAUGUCAUGAAAAUAGCAGACUUUGGACUGGCCAGGGAUAUCAACAAUAUAGACUAUUACAAAAAGACCACAAACGGGCGACUUCCAGUCAAGUGGAUGGCCCCAGAAGCCCUUUUUGACCGAGUGUACACCCACCAGAGUGACGUGUGGUCCUUCGGGGUGUUAAUGUGGGAGAUUUUCACGUUAGGGGGCUCACCCUACCCAGGGAUUCCAGUGGAGGAACUUUUUAAGCUGCUUAAGGAAGGACACCGGAUGGAUAAGCCAGCAAACUGCACCAAUGAACUGUAUAUGAUGAUGAGGGACUGUUGGCAUGCGGUGCCCUCCCAGAGGCCGACGUUCAAACAGUUGGUAGAGGACUUGGAUCGGAUUCUCACUCUCACAACCAAUGAGGAAUACUUGGACCUCAGUCAGCCUCUCGAACAGUAUUCACCUAGUUACCCUGACACAAGGAGUUCUUGUUCUUCAGGAGACGAUUCUGUUUUCUCUCCGGACCCCAUGCCUUACGAACCCUGCCUUCCUCAGUACCCACAUGUAAACGGCAGAGUUAAAACAUGAAUGAGCUUGUCCUUCCGUUCCCACACAGGACAGCACCAGGGAGCUAGCCACACGAGCAGGGAGGCCAUGCCUCCAGGAGCUUGUUGGCUCCGCUUGUAUAUAUGGAUCAGAGGAGUAAAUAAUCGGAAAAGUAAUCGGCACACGUGUAAAGAAUUUAUACAGUUGGAAACUUGUAAUCUUCACCUGGAGAAGAAGAAUGUUUCUGGGGCCAUGGACUGCCAUGGGCCACCACGCGCCCACGACCCACUGUGGGUACUGGCUGUGGACCAGCUGGACUUGAGGCAAACUUAGGUUCUGCCUUCCUUGUGAAU